AGAUUAUGCUCUAGGACCUCUUGUUGUUUUCCCAUUGAUCGAUUGGAGAGCGUAUGAGGCUGCCCACUAAUUUGUCUUCCUUUGAGGGGAAUGCCUUUCUGAGCAAGUAUGGUCAGCGGAUGCGCGCCAAGGCUAAGAAGUUCGAACAACAGCUGGCACGCCGGUGCGAGGAGCGGGGGCAAGCUAUGUCCACCCUGGACCAGCUGAGGGCCGAAGUGGCGCGGCUUCAGGCCGAGAAGGCGAGUGCCGAGAAGCCCGAAGCUGUUGUACAUGUUGAAAAAUUAUUUUAAAUUUUGGAUUUUUCAUUUUUAUGAUGGUCCAUAAUAUUACUAAAGCUUUUUAAAAGCUACCCGGACAGGUUACAUGUUAUUGGACCUCCUCUGAAUGCUAUUGGGCUAAUACCGGAUUGUUUAGGUUGCUCGUGAUGGUUGUUGGGCCUUAUAAAAAAGAUUAAUAUUGAGCCAUUCAGAUAACAUUUAGUGAUUAAAUUAAUUUGGAUCACUAAAAAUAUCUAAUUAAUUUAAUUAUAAAUUAAAUCUUUAAAAGAAUGGACCGGUUCUAUUAAUUUUGAGUCCAUUAUUAAAUAUUGGCUCAAUAUAUAAGAGCCUUGAUCCAAUUGAUAAAAAGAGCAAUGAAUGUGGUUAAGAAAUUCAUCCGCAUGCAUGGAAAAUGGCUGCGAACCUUGUUAAAAAAGCUGUCCAGAUACAUCGAACAAGUGCUGAUUUUUCUAGGUAUUAAAAUACAAGCAAAUGGAGCCCAAAGCCAAUUUCCACUGGGGCAUAAGGGGUAUGGACGAAUUUACUAAACCCUAAAGCAUUUUUUCAGCUCCUCCACACCUAUAAAUAGGGGUCUCAGUUAAGAGAAAGAGGAGAGAACUUUCAAAUGAAGAAACGCUGCAAAAAAAAGCUCUAAAGAACUUCCAAAAGGCUCUGAACGAUUCCAAAGAAGAGGAAGAGAUCAAGCCACGAAUUUUCUCAAGAAUAUAUGAAUAAUCCUUCGUGAUUUCAUCGAUUCUUGAUAAAAUAAACCCAAAAGUUGAAGAACGUUCGAAGGUCCGAAGAACAAAGCUCGAUGAUUCGAAGAUCUGAAGAACAAUGCUUUGAAGAUUCGAAGACCUGAAGAACGAAUCUUUGACGGUUUGAAGAUAUUCAUAUGAAGUUUGAAUCAAGAUUCAGUUGAAGAUCAAGCCAUAUAUCCCGGGAGGCCCUUAAACAGAAGAUCAAGCCAUAAAACGACCCUUUUGUUGAAGAUCAAACCACUUGAAAACCGGAGGCCCAUCUAGUUGAAUUCUUUAUUCAAGAAGAUUCGAAGAUCUCAAGAACGAAGAUUCGAAGAAUCGAAGAACGUUCGAAUUUUUGAAAGAUUAAAGAUUUAAUUCUAAAUUAAAUUCUUUAACUGUAUUCAUAUUAAAUUGCAAGUGAAAAUCAGAGGAUUCAUAUUUAGGAUUCAUAUAUUAAAUUCUUUAAUAUAUUCUCAUAUAUUAUCAUUUGCGAUCAAUUUUAAGUAAAUACUUAAAAUUUGUUUCACAAAUUUUUGGCACCCCCAGUGGGACAACUCUACCUCUCAUCUCUUCACUUUUGAUCAAGAAAAACGAACCAAUGGCAUCAAGCAAGCCCGUGUUCACUCUGAAUUCUAGAGCGUCAUCAAGCUCGAAUCAAGACAUGCAAGGCCCUAUCACUAGGAGCCGAUCAAGAAUCAUGGUUGCGCAAUCAUCUUCGGGAACUACUCCCGGUGUGAUGGAUGAAUUUCGAAUUUCGCAAGAGAUGGCCCAGAAGUUUUCUUCAUCCAUACGUGAAGUUAUUUACCCGAAGCGGACAAGAAACUGUGAGAGUUCAUCAUCUGGAUCAGACUCCACUCCCCCGUCAAGUCCUCUACGAAGAACUACUCCACAGUGGUCAAAUGUCUAUACUAUGAUGCCCACCAUGACAACGACCACCACAUCGCUUUGGCCUGUAUAUUUUUAAAGCAUUCGUAUCUUUUGUUGGGGGCAUGUGCCCCCACUACUUCUAUCUUAAAUAUACUAAUAAUUAAAAUUGUUCAAUAUUGAAUAUGACAUCAACAUAUUAUUAUUAUUAUUUGUAUUUUGUAAUAUUUGAAUAAUGGAUUAAAUAUGUCGCGAGUAACACUUACUUUGUAUAAUUCGUUAGUCUAUGAUAAUUUGUUGUAUUGAGAGAAAUGCAUGGUAAUUUACCGAUAUCGUACCGUUACCGAAUCAAAACUUCGGUAUAACGAAAUGCGGUAUACCAAAAUUUCGGUAAGGUAACGGUAAAUAAAUUUUGUAUACCGAAAGUCUUGGUACAACAAAAGUAUAAAAGAAAAUAUUCGUUAUACCGUACCGAAGCACCCCUAAUUAUGAUAUUAACAAAUGUAGUAACUAUAUGAUUACUUUUAUCAAUAAACAUAUAAUUACUUUUAUUACGAUAAAAAUUUUUAUUACUCUUACCAACAAGAAAAUAUAAUUUUAUUUAUUGAGAUUAAAAUAGAAAUCGUUAUUCUAUAAUUAAAUUGUAUUGGAAAGAAUAAUUUUGAUACCGACUAAUUGUAGUUACAGUUUUUGUACAAAUAUGAAAUAAUCAUCUUAUUUAUAAAAACAAACAAAAUCAAAAGAAUACCUUUAUUAUACUAAACAAUAGAGUGCUCUUCCUGUCCGGAAUUUCCGGACAGGAGCCCCGUCUGGCCUCCUCCAUUUGGGGGCCUUCCCGGUGGUAAUUUUUUCUCAAAUUUUUUGUGUAUGUUCC